CCACCUCUUCCUGGUUGGCCGGUGUGCUAAAUAGCUAACUUAGGCAGCCUGCAGGCAUGCACGGCUAGCGUGUCGCUAGCUUGUAAGAUUAAUAUGUCCUUGGAACCUUGAUUUGUUACAUGCCUUCUUGCCUUCAUGACUAUUAUUUUGUUGCUGCCCGCCGUUGAGUCUAACGAUCCACAUUUGCCAAGUACACUAAAGAAGUGUUGCUCGUGAGUUUUCUUAAAGGUGAACUUAGGGAACUAACGUUAGGGUCCGAACGCUAGCUAGCUCGCUGGCUCCUAAAACAGGCUAACGUUACUGAAACUCAAAAUGUCUGGACCAGAGUUGCUUUUGGAUUCCAGUAUCCGUCUUUGGGUAGUUUUACCAAUUGUCUUUAUUACUUUUUUCGUUGGAGUUAUCCGUCACUAUGUUACACAACUUUUGCACAGUGACAAAAAACUGGAUCUUGAACAGGUAUCUGAUAGUCAAGUGUUAAUGAGGAGCCGAAUACUGAGAGAGAAUGGAAAGUACAUACCCAAACAGUCAUUUGCCAUGCGAAAGCAGUACUUCAACGAUGCAGAAACUGGGUUUUUCAAGAAAGUCAAGAGAAAGGUUGUUGCUAAAAACCCCAUGACAGAUCCCAGUAUGGUGACCGACAUGAUGAAAGGAAACCUGACCAAUGUGCUUCCGAUGAUAGUGAUUGGAGGAUGGAUAAACUGGGCCUUUUCUGGCUUUGUCACAACUAAAGUGCCCUUUCCACUGACCUUGCGGUUCAAACCAAUGCUUCAAAGAGGAAUUGAGCUGCUGUCACUUGAUGCUUCGUGGGUGAGCUCUGCUUCUUGGUACUUCCUUAACGUUUUUGGGUUGCGCAGUAUGUACAGUCUCAUCCUUGGACAGGACAAUGCUGCUGAUCAGUCAAGGAUCAUGCAGGACCAGAUGACUGGAGCUGCUAUGGCGAUGCCCCCUGACCCAAAUAAGGCCUUCAAGAGUGAAUGGGAGGCUCUGGAGAUCGUUGAGCACAAGUGGGCCCUGGAGAACGUGGAGGAAGAGCUGAUGGCUCAAGACCUCAACUUCCGAGGGCUCUUCAGUCAGGAGCUCAAACGCACUGCCUUCUGAAGAUGGCCUCCCGAGCAUCAUUUGGCACUUGGAAUGAGACUGGUCAAUUAGACCCACCGAUUGAUAGCUUUAUGUGAACAUUUAGCCCAGCUCGACCACUGAGCGUUCAUGUCUUAAAAUGUCUUAAUGUAUGGGAAAAUUAUGAAGAAGAAAAAGGAAUGUUGGCAAGGAGGGAUAUUUAACAUCCUUCAGUGCAGCAAAAAUACACCAGCCGAUUACAUUCAUACAUAACACAACCUAGUUUUUCAUAACAUUCGUUUAAAAAAAAAAAAAAAAAAAUUAUUUCCAAAGGGGUCUGUUGUCCCUUGCUCGUUUGAGUAUUUUAUAUUCUGUGUUAUAUUUGUUUAGAGAAAUCAUAGAGUAUGUCAUGAAUCAGUUAUUGUUCAAAGCUUUUCCAUGUGAAUGUCUUCGGCUUUUGCACCUUUUUAAAUUCAGUGCCAAAUGAUCUUUAAUAAUCCACUUCUCUGCUGUAGUGAAUAUACCUGAAUCGGAGUAUCCCCAUUCUCCUCAUUACUACUGAAAGUUGGAAACUUGUUCAGAAUGUUUUACAUAUUUAAUAAAAAAGUGAAAUACCUGUGGACAUCUAAA